UCCAUGGUAACAAUACACAAAGCGAUAGUAACAAACUGCCAAGCACUGACAGUGGAUAAAAGUGACAAAAUGGCUGCAAUGUAUGACACAGAAUCAGUCGAAGGGCCAUAUUAUCUAGAAAAAGUGUCCAUUCCAGAAGACUCUGAGGAUGGGUUUGAGUAUGAAGAGAUCAGUGUUGAAGAGGAGAGUGUGACUGAAGAAGAGAAUUUGGAAGCUGUGGCUGAAGUUCUGCGUAACCGCACUGAAGACUCUGAGUUUGUACCAGAGUGGAUACCUUCCUCAUCCCAGAAGCUACAAAGCCCCAUCCCUGAAGUCGUGGACGAUUUUCUUCGCAACUUUCUGGUGAAAAUGGGAAUGAACAGAACGUUAGAUUGCUUCCAGACAGAAUGGUAUGAGAUGCUCCAGAAAGGCACGCUCAAAACAAACCAGGUGGGAUUCGUGCCUGAUAUAUACACACACAACCAGCUGCUGGACAAUGAGCUGAAAAAUGUCCAAAGAGAGCGAGAUAGCUACAAGCACACUGCCUUCCAAGCCGGAGAGACCAUUGUGAAGCUUCAGAAGGAACGGGACUUCCACCGGCUGCAGCAUAAGCGUGUCGUGCAAGAGAAAAACAGACUGAUUGAGGACAUCCGAAGACUAAAGAAGCACUACGAGUCUUAUGCCCCUGCUUUGAAACAGCUGAAUGAGAAGUACCAGACAGCUCUGAGGCAGAAGAUGUUGGUCAGUAUUGAGAAGGACAGAGUCUCCAGUCAAGUUCAUAACCUAGACAGCGCUCUGUGUAAUGCACGCUCCUCCCCAGGAGCCCGCAGGUUUCUGAAAGAAAAUGAUUUGCAAAAUGGGCGUAGUCCAGAGCGAGGCACCAAACCAUCAGUUGAUGAGGUGGUGACUUAUGACCCUUCCAAAGACCCAACCAAGAACACUACUACUAAACAUUCAAAAGAUUCAGAGUUCCCAGCCAGCACACGCAUAAAUCCCUUCCUGCCCCAAAUAAAAGCCCUAUCUGCUCAAAACACCAAAAUAUCUGGAUUCUCUGUGACCAAGUCCAUCAAAGCCCACACUAUGGCAGUGAGCUAUCUUGCUCUCCAUCCACGCAAACUGCUUGUAGCUUCUGCAAGUGAUGAUCACCUUUGGAGGCUUUGGGGGAUGCCGGAAGGGGAGAUGAUCAUGACUGGUGAGGGUCAUACUGACUGGCUGUCUUCCUGUAGCUUCCACCCCAGUGGACACUGUCUGGCCACCACCAGUGGAGACAGCACAGUGAAGAUCUGGGACUUUGCCAAAUCCCGCUGCGUGCUGACCCUGGAAGGCCACACUCACGCCACCUGGGGAUGUUCCUUCCACUCCUGUGGGGACUUUGUAGCCUCCUGCUCCAUGGACAACACAGGCAAAGUGUGGGACCUAAACAGCGAGCGCUGCCGCUACACACUGCGGGGCCACGUCGACUCAGUGAACAGUAUUAGCUUUGUGCCCUUCUCUAACAUUCUGCUCACCUGCUCUGCUGAUAAAACCAUUUCACUGUGGGAUGCCCGUGCCGGACUCUGUGCCCAAACCUUCUACGGGCACAGGCACUCGUGCAACAGUGCGACCUUUAACGCCCUGGGAGACAUGAUUGCUUCCUGUGAUUCCUAUGGCAUCGUGAAAUUAUGGGAUGUAAGGAACAUAUCAGCCAUGAAAACUGUGGAUACCGGACCACACCCUAGCAACCAAGUGGCCUUCAGUCCAAACGGACAGGUGCUAGCAGUCGCAAGUAACGAUCAUGAGGUGAAGCUGGUGGAAGUGGCGUCUUCACAUGUGUCCAGUCUUUUAGGACAUAAUGAUGCUGUUCAGAGUGUCAUUUUUGACCAUAAAGGAGAAUACCUAUUAUCUGCUGGAUAUGAUGGUGAAAUUUUUGUCUGGUCAUAAUAAUAAGUACGUUCAUAAAAUAAGUAUGAUCUAAAAUGUUGUAUGAAAUGUAUGGUUAACAGAUGUACUAAUGUCUUACCAGACCUAGAAAGGUACUCCAUGUGGGGUUUAUUGUAUAAUAAAAAUGUACUGAAAUAAGCAAUUUCCCUCAAGUCUCCCUAGAAUACUCAAGUUACAAGAGGAGUGGAUCAU